AUGCAUCCUCUUACAGGGAAAACAUUUACUUUGCAUGAAUUUGGAAUACUUUCAACAACACCCAGAAGAUAUCGAUCGAAUGGAAAUCUUGAAGACCUUCUUCACGAAGGAACAGAAUUAUUAAAACUAAAUUCACCAGCAAAAUACGUAUAUUUAGAUGAUGGCACACUCGUAAAAUCAUUAUCUGAUGUCCCAUCAGGAUCAAACCUUUAUUUAUCAAUUAAAAAACAAUCACAACUUAAAUUACAAAAUUCUCCUUCAAAAAUUGAUCAAAAUGAUCUUUCCAUAAACAAUGAAGGUACUUUUACUCCGCGAUCUCUAAAUCUUAGCGAGGAUUCUGCUUCUCAAUUUUCUCAGAGCGGCCCUCGUUCUCCAACAUCUUAUUCAUCGAUUUCGACGCCAUCCAAAUUUUCUUUAUCAUCUCCGAUGUCUUCAAGUACUAUUUCAGCUCCAAAAGGAAGAUCUCCAAGUAAAUUACCGGCAAACUACUCUCCUGAGAAAGCUUUGAUACCGGAAGUCAAAGAAUCUCCAUAUGUAAGAUAUCAUCAACUACUUAUCAGUCUUCCAGGAACAACGGAAGAUCAAUUAAUUUAUUCAAUGUUAAAUGCUUAUACAACUGUUCCUGUUGACUUAAGAGUCAAUGCAUCUGAGUAUGAAAACCUCGAAAACUUACUUCGUAGAACGCAACAUCGUUUAUUUGAGAAAUUAUUGAUUUCCGAAUUAAUUGUUCCGAUAACUGCAGAAAGUAUAGUUAAUAAUCCAGUCUACGAGCGUUGCUGUGAGCUCCUGGAUGAAAAGAAACUCGAAACAAUCAAACUUGCCAUUUUAGGACCAAGACACAGCGGAAAAACAGUUGUUUUGCAUGUAAUGGCCGAAUUAUUCUACAGAAAGAUCCAAUUAUGCGAUGAUGCCGAUACAGUUUUCAUGUUUCCCUUUAAUUUCCAGAAAUACGUCGAUAUCAUUAAUAAUGGUGAGGUAGAGAACCUCUAUAAAUCAAUUAUGCGUAUAUUAAUGGACUCUUUGUUGUUUUCCAAGUUCGAAAUCUGGAAUUUCUACCAACAAAUUAAAGAAUGGUUUUUAUGUAUCCCAAUGGUUGGUUCUCUGCUCUCCAUUCCUCAAGAAAUGGAGAGAUGUCCAUUCAUUGAUACCCAAAUGAUGCGAAAAGUCGGUAAAAAGCUUCAUUCCGACCUUCAUAAUAAUUUGAAGUCUCCAAAUGAAGUCAUUUCGACAAUUAUAUCAAGUAUACCUGACUUUGCCAAGAUAUUCCAUUUCAAAACCACUUGUUUCAUCAUAGAUCACGUUUGUGAGACUCAAAAUGGUUUUUCUGGCUCAAUUGCAAAUGCGAUCGGUGAUUCCCCCUACAUUGUUUCUGGUGUUGAAGAUUCCAAGUUCAAGAGCAAUUUUAAGAAGGAUUUCACUCCAAUUAUUAUUGAAGAUUUUAUUGAACUGGAUGAUAAGCGUAGAAUCAAUUUCUGUGGUUUGUUUUUGUCCAUUGAUGAUUGCCAUGGCCUUCCUGGAGUCGUUCAUCUCUUUGAUGAUGCUUUUAAGGAAAUUCAAAAAACAUCUCAAGAAAAGAAGUCAUUUGCCAUGUUUAAGAGCCGCGCAUCAAUUUGUUCUGCAUUGAUUGCUAACCAGAAAGUACUUCUGUUGUGCGAAUGCAUCAAAGAAUUCAAUCAUUCGGAAGAAUUACUUUCUGCAAUGGACGAAUUGUCCGAAGGAACUGCAAAACUGUCUAUCGAAGUAUAA